AAAAAAGAAAAAACACCAACCUCGACCACGCUACUUUGUCAUUAGAACCAUUACACCUUGGGUCGGGUUCAGUCUGCGAAAUUAGGUGCAACAAUGGCAGACGCUCUCAUCGAAUUGAAUGAACUUCUCAUCUCCAGAAAGGAUACUUUAACAACUGAAGAAAGUAAACUACUAAACUCAUGGAAGCAAUCUGCUGUAAGAGAUUUUGGUAUUGGUGCCGCUGGUGCUUCCAUUGCCACUUGGUUAGUUACUCGAAGGCUGCAUAACCUACUCCGCAUCAAUCUUGCAGUAGGUGCUGGUUGGUUCUAUGGCAAGUGGAGAUUUGCCAAGUCUUUGGAUUCAGGUGUUGAACUUAUUCUCUCUCAGCAUGGAACUCGUCUGCAAAAGGAGUUGGGGGAAAUAAUGUUGAGGAAGUACCAGCGUAAUCCGCCUGUAUUACAGCAUGUCUGCAAAUACUUUUACUCUGAAAAUGUUUAUGAUGAUGAUUCAACAGACCAGCCAAAACCAAGAUGGCGUUUCCGGAGUACCUAUGGGGAAAUUUUUUCUUCUCAUAGGAUGGAUGGUGAUGACUCCUCCAGUAAGAAAACCCAUUUGGAGAAUACUGAUCCGAGGAACACUAAUCUUGAGAGAAAGCAAGUUAAUAUAAAUGGUGCUGCUGCUGCUCCUCUAGAGUCAACUGAAGACCCAUUUGAUUGCAUACUCGGACAUCAAGUGAGUGCCGAAGAGAGUCGUCGUCCUGAUGCACCUAGCGCGCUUCCUAGGAGGCAUAAUCAUAGCCACAGACGGUCUCAAGGCAGGCGUCGGAGACAUCACCAUGAGAACAUGGAAGGUUGAGCUUUUUAGUUGGCCGACCUCGGCAAAUUCAGAUGAAACUGAUCUGUUACUGGGAUCAGUCUUGCAUGCCCUGUUAAAUGUAAUAUGUGCAGCAAAUCUCUACAUGAACUGACAUUACCUCAAGGCUGGUUGUAUAAAAUUAUGGUUGUAGAAUAAGAUUACAAGAAAGUCCUCCGUCGGAUAACAAUGUCCCUGUGAACUGACUUUUUAAAACUAAGAUAUUCUGGAAGGCAGUGGCGCAAGAUUCGAACUCGAUGGAUAAUAAGCGCACCCUACUGCUCUUUAACACUUGAAUGUCAUGUUUUUUGUCAGACGGAGGAGUUUGAAAUCAUGAUGCGAGUGUAACCUACACAUUAUUCGUUGCGCUCUUACUAUUGGACCAAAAUCAUAUGGGUUUCUUUA